AUGUCACGAUGCAUGUAUUGCUUUUUCGCAAAAGUAGGUCAAGACCGCAUCUCCUUUUGUAUUUUUUAUAUCGGGGUUUGGCUGACUCGUGGUUUCCCCGCAGAGACCUGUGCAGUGAACAACGGCGGCUGUGACAGCACGUGUCAUGACUCCGUGACAGGAGUCCGCUGCAGCUGUCCUGUUGGCUUCACUCUGCAGCCGGACCGCAAGACCUGCAAAGACAUUGACGAGUGCCGUCUGAACAAUGGGGGGUGUGAUCAUGUGUGCCGGAACACAGUGGGAAGUUUUGAGUGCAGCUGCAAGAAAGGCUACAAGCUGCUAACCAAUGAGAGGACGUGUCAAGAUAUCGACGAGUGCUCUUUCGACCGAGCUUGCGACCACUUCUGUGUCAACUCUGCGGGCAGUUUCCAGUGUCUGUGUCAUAAAGGCUACGUCCUCUACGGCCUGGCACACUGUGGAGAUAUUAAUGAGUGCAGUAUAAAUCGCGGGGGCUGUAAGUAUGGCUGCACCAACACUCUGGGGAGCUACGAGUGUACCUGUCCGCCGGGGUUCAAGCUCCACUGGAACAAGAAGGACUGCAUCGGUAUGGCCCUCUGUCUGCAGCCCGCCAUUCAGAGUGGCUUAUAUUUUCUAUCAGAGCUGGUGAAAUGUACUCCGGGACUGGUUGCACCAAAGGCCACGCUGACCUGCAGCAAGACGGGAAAAAAGGAGAGCUGCUCCCUGACCUGUGCUUCCAAGGCCCACUACCUAGCAGAGUCCGACAACAGCUACUCAGUGAGUUGUGGAAUCCCUGUUCUGAGAGGAAAGUCCCCCGCCCGGCUGAACUCCAGCAGCAGUCAGAGCUGCAUAGAGACUUUGGCGCCGCCAGUGAAGCAGACAGCGUCUUUCAAGAUUAAAAACGCUAAAUGUCACCUACACCCGAAGCUGAACGGCAGGACGGAGGACAAGGGGCGCACGCUAGGACCAGGAGGGGGGCAGCCUUGCAGCAACUGCCUGGUAACAUUUGUCAACCUCAAAUGUGACUCCUCCAAGAGAGCCAAAGGGAGACGUGCACGAAACCCCUCUAACAAAGAGGUAACGCGCAUUACUCUGGAGCUGGAAGCCGAAGUCAAACCCGGAGACACCACAGGGAGCUGCAACCUGAGCUGCCUGCGCCAGCGCAUGGAGAAGCAAGUCAAGACCUAUAUUAAGGCUUUAAAGAAGUCCAUCAACCAGGAGCGCUUCCUGAUUCGAGUGGCCGGUUUAGAGUACGAGGUGGCUCAGAAGCUGCCCCAGGCCGCCCCCAUCCAGGAGAACUGUGGGCCCGGCUCGGAGAGGGACAGCGGACGAUGUGUUAGAUGUUUGCCGGGGUCCUACUACCACGGGGAGCAGGAGCGCUGCGUCCAGUGUCCGCCCGGGACCUUCCAGGAGAGAGAGGGGCAGCUGGCCUGCGACCUCUGUCCGGGCAGCGACGGCCACGGCCCCACCGGGGCCCGCAACAUCUCCUCCUGCGCCGGCCAGUGUCCAACAGGAUACUUCUCCAGCGAUGGUUUCAAACCCUGUCAGCCCUGCCCUCAGGGCACCUAUCAGCCGGACCUGGGCCGGACCCUGUGCUUCCCCUGUGGGGGGGGGCUGAGCACCAAGCGGGAAGGUGCCAGUUCCUUCCAUGACUGCGAAGUCAAAGUUCAGUGUUCUCCAGGUCAUUACUACAACACCACAGUCCAUCGGUGCAUCCGCUGCCCGGUGGGCACCUAUCAGACAGAGUUUAGACAAAACUACUGCAUUUCUUGCCCGGGAAACACCACCACAGAUUUCGAUGGCGCUACAAGUGUCUCGCAGUGCAAGAACAGGCACUGCGGUGGUGAGAUGGGCGAGUUCAUGGGUUACAUCGAGUCGCCCAACUAUCCCGGCAACUACCCUGCAAACGUGGAGUGCACUUGGAACAUCAACCCCCCCAGCAAACGCAAAAUCCUAAUCGUGGUCCCGGAGAUUUUCCUGCCAUCAGAGGACGAAUGCGGAGACGUGCUGGUGAUGAGGAAGAACUGGUCAGCUACGUCCAUCACUACCUACGAGACGUGUCAGACGUACGAGCGGCCCAUAGCCUUCACAGCCCGCUCCAGACGCCUGUGGAUCAACUUCAAGUCAAACGAGGCCAACAGCGCCAGAGGCUUCCAGAUCCCCUACGUUACUUAUGACGAGGACUAUGAGCAGCUCGUGGAGGACAUAGUGAGGGAUGGAAGGCUCUACGCUUCAGAAAACCAUCAAGAAAUCCUCAAGGAUAAAAAACUGAUUAAGACUCUUUUCGAUGUGCUGGCCCACCCAAACAACUACUUUAAGUACACCACUCGGGAGUCCAACGAGAUGCUUCCCCGCUCCUUCAUUCGUCUCAUAAGCAGCAAAGUGUCUGCUUUCCUGCGGCCCUACAAGUAA